AUGCACGCUCUGGACUACUACUCCGAGGUGCCGUACCAACCGUACGGCUACAUGAACUACUGCCCGCCGCGCAUCAAUUACGAGCACAAGUGCAAAUAUGCCUUCAAGAGCUGCCCCAACACGCGUUCGGCCAAGAAGAACGGCGAGAUGCACAAACUCUGUGAGUACCACCGCCGAAAAGCCAACAACGUGCAAAAGUUCUACGCGCGCCGCAAACGCCACGCCAAGAGCUUAGAGCAGGGCAAGAGCCAGCCGCAGACCCCCGCCUCGGACUCGGACUCGGGCGACGACGUCAAGUCCCCGUGGGCCAACAUGACGCUGGAGCCACUGCCCUUUUACGCAACGAACUGCUCCAAGGCAGACCCACUGGCGUACGAGGACUGCCUCAUGCUGAUAAAGAUUCUGACGUAG